UGAUGAAGACAUGCAAAGUCUUGCCAGCCUGAUGAGCGUCAAACCCACAGAUAUCGGCAACCUGGACGACUUCAAUGAGAGCGAUGAAGAAGAGGACAAGAAGUCUGUGACUGCCACAGGCUUAACAUUCCCCCUCGCUCAGGUGGAUGAGGAAACGCCCUCAGCAGUGAAAGAAGCAGCCGCAAGCCCUCUGCACCAACCCAAGGAUUCCCCAAACCAAAGGGACGGCUUCACACAGCAAGAUGUCCACUCAGCCACUCAGAGCAGCCCAGGAUUCAAAGGUGACCAUCGCAGAAAACAAAGUCGGACCAGUGCGGAUCAGUCCUCCCCGGACUCGCUCAGAGCUGAUCAUAGCGCCACCCCCUCCUUGGCCCUUUGCUUCCUGCGAGCGCGCCACUCCCCAGCAGCCCUCCACCACUGUUGUGGCAGCAUUUAUAACUCCUAAACAGCCCAAUGUUCCAGAGCAAAUUGAUGUUAAAAAGCCUUCCAGUGAGAGUAUUAGUAGCUCCAUUAACACAGAAAAGCCGCCCUUGGCAAAGCCAGAGCCAGAGCCUGACUUUGAUGAUGUCAUCUUUGAGUCGCCUAACCAGAGACAAGAAUCAAAGGAUUUGUUUCUGGAAGAGGAUGACUCUAAGCACGAUACUAUCAAAAGGUGUCCUCCAGGUCUUGAACAAAAAAACACUGAAAAGAAGUACGGAGAAAAGCAAUUAGAGGGAGCAGCAAUCGCAAAGGAGCAGGAGAAGCAGAGGGAGGCAGAAAUUCAAAAGAAACAAGAGGAGGAAAGGAGGCGAAAAGAGGAAGAGCAAAAGGCCAUGCUCUUAAAGCAAGAAGAGAUGAGAAAACAUGAGGAAGAGAAGAAGAGACUGUUAGAAGAGGAGAAGAAGAGACUGUUACAGGAGGAGGAGGAGAUCAAGAAGGAGAAGGAAAGGAUGAAACGUGAGGAGGAGAGACUCCUGAAGGAGAAGAAAGAGAAACAGGAGAAACUGAGGGUAGAAGAGGAGAUGAGGAAACGAGAUGAGGAGGAGAGGAGAAAAAGAGAGGAAGAGAGGAGACUCCUGGAGCUGGAGGAGGAAAAGGAAAAACUCCAGAGGGAGGAGGAGAGAAGACUUGAAAGAGAAAGAUUCAUCAAAAAGAUGAAGGAAGAGGAGGAGAAAAAGAUAGGGGAGAGAAGAGCAGUUGAGGAGCAAAGAAAAAGAAGGGAGGAAGAGAAAAAGAGGCUUGCGGAGGAAGAGGAAAAAAGAAAGGUGGAGGAGAAACGCUUGAAAGAGGCCAAAGAGAAGGAGCAGCAGAAAAUAAUAGAGGAGGAAGAGAGAAGAAAAAGGGAGGAGGAGGAGAAAAAACUCAAAGAGUCAGAGGAGAGAAAGAAGAGAGAAGCGGAAGAAAAGGAGAGACAACUCAAAGAGGAGAGAGAGAAGGAGAUAGAAAGGAUGGAGAGGAAGAAAAAGGAAGAGGAAGAGAAAAGACGUGAAGAGGAGGAGAGGAGAGAGAGGCUCUUAAAGGAGCAGAAAGAAAAGGAGAGGAUACAAAGGGAGGAAAUGGAGAGAAUUAAAAGGGAAGAAGAAGAAAAGAAGAGGCGACUUCAAGAGGAGCUGAGAAUGCAGGAGGCAGAGAAGAAGAAAAAGGAGGAGGAGGAGAGAAAAAAGAAGGAAGAUGAGGUGAAGAGGCAGAGAGAGGAGAAAGGUGAAAGGAAAGUGAAAGAGGAAGAAGACAGGAAAAAGAAUGAAGAAAAACAAAAGCAGAAGCUGCAGGAGGAGGAGAUGGAAAGAAGAAAGAAGAAGGAGGAGGACGACAGGAGGAGGAGGGAGGAGGCUCGAGCAGCAUCGGUCUGCAGUCUGGAGGCCAACAGGUCAGAUGAAGACAAAGAAAAGAUGAAAACCGUUUCCUCCUUGUCCAUUUCUGAGUUAGACACACACACGCCCCCUGCUGGUACCAAACACGCCAUUACGGCUCUUAAAAAUGUGACACAAAUAAAACUUCCUGCUCCUCACUUCCCUCCGCUGGUCAAAAGCAGCACUGCAUCCAAGCAGCUUCCCUCACAAGUUCCCAACCAAUCACAAGACAGAGAGAAUGCCCCUCCAUCAGUUCGUAAACCAAACUCCAGCGAGCGCUCACACGGAGAGGAUGCUGCUGAGGUACACACGCCUGUUAGGCAAGAGAGCCAACCAGUUAAAGCAAAAGAUGGAGAUGCACAUCACAUUGCCGCACCCUCUGCUCAGCCCAGCGCACCGGCAGUUAAAGAGGAGCCUAAAGAGCCAGAGGGACCCAGGGUGGAAUCAGCAACCUCAGUCAAGGUUCCCCCCCGAGAAGCUGACAAGCGCGUGACUCUGGCGCUGGAGCCGCUUCAGCCCUCAAAACCAAAACCAGAACCAGAACUGCGGCCGGAACGAGAUCUUCAUCCAUCAGGAAAACCACAACAGGAGGGAGCAGAUGAGGAGAAACCAGCCGAUGCCGUGCCUGGUGGUCACAAGCAUUUCAUCAACAAUAAGGACCCAGUGUGCGAGGCAGAAAAACAGCUGUGGGCAGCUGUGGAGGAGACCACCACCGAGAUAGGAGUGGAAAAAGGGAUGGAAAGUAGUGAAAGCAAGGAAGCGAAGGAGGAGAAGCUGAAAGAGGAGGAAGGUGUAAUAGGGGGUGCUGAGAAAUGUGCGCACACAGAGGCAGAUGUGUGUGUUGCAGAGCAGCAGAGGGAGGCGCCUGCUGGUUUCAUGUCAGCAGUAGUUGGGGUGUUAUACAGAGGGCCAAAACACCAGCUGGCUGACCUCCCUGAUGACGUAGUUAAGAAACCACCAUUUCAGCUAGAAGACUCCCCCAGCAUAGCCCAUCAUUGUGAGAUCACAUCAUCUCGUCUUCCUACUUUACCAGAAGAAGAGACCUCUGACCCCAGGAUCCCUGAUCCUGUUACAGUGGUCAGGGAGGAGGCUGAUGGGAAGGACGACACAGCUGAGGAUCUGGUGAACUCCAGCCAAUCGCUGCUCGAGUGGUGUCAGAGCAUCACUAGUGGGUACCGGGGGGUAAAGGUCACAAACUUCAGCACUUCCUGGAGAAAUGGGCUGGCCUUCUGUGCCAUCCUACACCACUUCCAUCCAGACAAAAUAGAUUUUGACCAGUUGGACCCUCAUGAUAUCAAACUGAACAAUAAAAAGGCGUUUGAUGGCUUCGAGGCGCUGGGAAUCUCUCGGCUGCUGGAGCCGUCAGACAUGGUCCUUCUGUCCGUGCCUGACAGGCUCAUAGUCAUGACCUACCUCAGCCAGAUCCGCUCACACUUCACCAACCAGGAGCUGAGCGUGCUGCAGAUAGAGCACAACAGCAGUAAGUCCAGUUACGGCGUCGCCCUCACCGGCCCGACUCCCACAGAUGUGGACGCUGCUGCUUUCUGCAUGGCCAGACUAAAUGAAGGAGUGAGUCUAGAAGAGGGAGGAAGCAGCACGCUGGUGGUCCCGCCACCAAGAGCUAAACGACAGCUUAAAGUGGAGGAGUCCAUAACCCCAGUCCCGCCCCCACGGUCUCUUACAAAGGUAGUCAAGCCUGGGCCGGCUCAGGAUGAAAAUGCAAUGUCUAACUCUGCAACAGAAAACACUAAUAAUACAGAGUUUCAGUGUGCAGAUGAGCCCCAGCCUCCAAAACAAGAUGAGGAAACGAUGUCUCUGCAGGACACCAGCCAGUAUGUGUUGAGUGAGCUGGCGGCAUUGGAGACAGAACAGAAGCACAUCGACAGCAGAGCUGCAGUGGUGGAGAGACGACUGCGAAGCCUCAUGGAAACAGGAAGUGACCGUGAUGAAGAGGAGAGACUGAUCCAGGAGUGGUUCACUCUGGUAAACAAGAAGAACGCUCUGAUACGCAGACAGGACAACCUGGAACUGCUACAAGAGGAGCAGGAUCUGGAGAGGAGAUUUGACCUUCUGACCAGAGAACUGCGCGUAAUCAUGGCUAUUGAAGACUGGCAGAAGUCCCCCGCUCAGCAGCAGAGGGAGCAGCUGCUCCUCCAGGAGCUGGUGUCUUUGGUCAACCAAAGGGACGAGAUCAUCAGGGAUAUCGACACCAAGGAGAGGCGGGCCUUGGAGGAAGAUGAGCGUCUGGAGCGUGGUCUCGAAAUGAGGAGGAGAAAAUACAGCAACAAAGAAAAAUGUGUGUUACAGUGAGACGAGUGAGGACAAGCACAAACGGCUUUCAGUACGGAUACUCCAAAGUCCCAAAAGAGUACUUUUUUAAAAAUAGAAAGUUGUUUUUUUAAGGAUGCUGGGGCUCUGUAUUUUCUUGUAUUUAAAGUGCCUUGAGGACUGCUUUGAGUUUGACACUGCAAAAAAUAUGUCAUCUUCUCUGAUAAAAAAAAAAGAAAUUCAAAUGUUCAUUAUUUUAAGUGUGUCUUAAUAUAUAAGUAUUGAUUGAUUCUUUUCACCUAUUUUUAUUUAUUUAAAUUAUGUAUCUGACUGUUUUACAUCUAUUGCACAUUUGCUUUUUGUGUGUUUCUGUUUCUAAUCUGUGACUUUCAGUAUUCAAACACUGGCUUAUCCUCCAUUGUGAAAAACGAGGCCAAAAUAUUUGCAGCUUUGAGGGGAAUUUUAGUUUACAGUUGUUUGUAAUCUGCAGGUUUCUAGUAAUGUCACCCUACUUGUCGCUUCCCCGAGGAAAAAGUCCAUAAACACGCCCGAGCAUUUUGGAUAUCAAAAUAGUAUGUGGUAAGUCAUGAGCUGGACUCGAAUGCCCAAUGUUGUUAGCGGAGGAUACGUGUUUUCAGAUUCAGGAUGACCCCCUGCAGCCUCAUGGAGCUCAAAGAUGUUUCCAGCCUAAAGUUACACCUUGGUAACUUGCAGUCUUUGUGGAUGUGAUUGCUCACGUCUGCAAUAUUCACAGAAAUCAAAGUGCUUUCCAUUUCUGUGUCGACUACUGUAUGCAUGCUUAUGCAGGUGUGCUAAUAAAGUGGCACUGUGCAGCACAGCGCCACUGUGUAUUCAUACUAUAGCUGCGUAUAAUGAAAUGAGGAUGUUUGUGAUGAUGAAAAUAAAAAAAUAUCGGCUGGUUGCUC